CGGUGAGAUGAGUGACACGGGCGCGCGCGCUCGCACGCACUCACGUACACAGUUAUCGUCGUCCCUAGCGACGCCCCCACGCGCCUCAGCCUCAGCCUCGCGUCGCUGGUGUCUCGCGCUCCACACGCGGCUCGUGCACUGCGACUGACGGACGCGCCCGGUUUGACACAAAGCAAUUACAGCGCAUCGUUCUUAUAGCCACCGAGAGGGACAAUGACGGCCAUCAAUGCGCCUCGGGACCGCUAUCAUGCUGUGUGGAUCAUAUUCUUCAUCCUGGGCCUGGGAACACUCUUACCGUGGAACUUCUUCAUGACUGCAACGGCGUACUUCACCAGCCGGUUGAAGAACAGCACCAACCUGACGGCCAGUGAGGCAGUCGGCCGCAACACGCUGGAGUCCACGUUCAACAAUGUGAUGACCCUGUGUGCCAUGGUUCCCCUCCUGAUCUUCACGUGCCUCAACUCGUUCAUUCAUCAGAAGAUUCCCCAGAAGGUGCGGAUUUUGGGUGGUCUGGUUGCUAUAUUCGUGGUGUUCUUAGUGACUGCCAUCGUUGUGAAGGUGGAGAUAUCGCCACUGCCCUUCUAUGUCUUCACCAUGAUCAAGAUCGUCUUCAUCAACUCAUUCGGCGCCAUCCUCCAGAGCAGCCUUUUUGGUCUGGCUGGGAUGUUGCCCGCCUCCUAUACCGCACCCAUCAUGAGUGGUCAGGGCCUUGCAGGCACCUUUGCAGCCUUCUCCAUGAUCUGCGCCCUGUUGUCUGGUUCUGAGCUCCAAGAUAGUGCCUUUGGCUAUUUCAUCACAGCCUGCAUGGUCAUCCUCCUAGCCAUUGUGUCCUACAUCGCCUUGCCAAAAAUGGAAUUUUUCCAGUAUUACUUGGAGACCAACAGCAACCGAGCCUCUGGGGAUGAGGAGAACAAGAUGGACCUGCUGAAGAAAGAUCCUGCCGAGAAGAUGCCUGUCCUGAACGACGAGGAGCCUGCAUCAAGCUCCUCCGUGUUCAGCAUCUUCAGAAAGAUCUGGGUGAUGGCCUUGUCCGUGUGCUUCGUCUUCACCAUCACCAUCGGUGUCUUUCCCGCUGUGACUGUGGAUGCCCAGUCGACUGUGGCAACUGAUAGAGGUUGGGCUACGUACUUUAUCCCCGUGUCCUGCUUCCUGGUCUUCAACCUGAUGGACUGGGCCGGCCGGAGUCUCACUGCGCUGUGUAUGUGGCCGGGCAAAGACAGCAUCCUCCUGCCCAUCUUGGUGUUGGUUCGCCUCAUCUUCGUGCCCCUUUUCAUGCUCUGCAACAUCAAACCCAGGGAGUACCUGCCCGUGGUCUUCGAGAACGACGGCUGGUACAUCUUCUUCAUGGUGCUCUUUGCCUUCUCCAACGGCUACCUGGCCAGCCUCUGCAUGUGCUUCGGGCCCAAGAAAGUGUUGCCGCACGAAGCUGAGACGGCCGGCGCUGUAAUGGCAUUUUUCCUCUCUUUGGGUCUGGCACUGGGAGCGGCGCUGUCCUUUGCUUUCAGAGCCAUGGUGUAGAACGAGGGUCACUCCUCCAGUCUCGCGGCCUUGGAGGAACAGAGACGCUCGCAAGGAGGGAGGACCAUUAUUUGACCAGGUGUUUAUGUUUUUAGUCGUGUGCUCUGGAAUGAGCUGUGACGGACGUAGUCACAGAGCUGUCCCCGGGAACGCAAAAGCAAAUGACUGCAGUGCCUUCGGCGUCACGGAUGCCUCGCUACUACUUUUUGCCAGCAGCAGUAUAUCGGCGUGGUAAACUUAAAUAGAAGACAAGGUGCUUUCCCAGCUGUUUUAUACUUGCUUCCCGUUCAAGAGGAAUUGCGCGCUGUGCUUCACCUCCUCCACACAAACGGAGAUUUUGUGGAACUUUUGUGAUAUUCAGCUCUUUGAGUUUUUUAGAAACAGAAUGUGUCUCUAAAAUGUAUCUGAAGUGAACCCGGCCCUAUGGAGAUACACACUAUAAAUAUGUAAAUGAUAACUAUUGCAGGGAUUCAGUCUGAAGUAGUGCCUAUCACUACUUUAAGCGCAGCUGUUACAUACAGACAUAUAUUUUAUUAGCAACAAAGUGGUAAAAAUUAUUUUGUGUCAUUUCCAGUCACAACAAAUACGUGUUCGCCGUAUUCUGUCCCUCAAAACUGUUACAGUUCUGUUGAAAAACAAAAGUAAAUGUUUAGUUGGCUCCAUGUGUUACAAACAGUUGAGCUAAAAGACCAUCAGUAAACACUGAGUUUAAGGCAGUCCUUCACUCCUGUUCUGUAUGGUGGUGUUUCAGUUAUCCCUCAGGCGGAUGUGUAAAUACAGGCUGCAUUGGCUUCCUUUCAAAUGUUACAUUUAUUCAUUUAGCUGAUGCUUUUCAUUUUUACUGGAGCAAUUCAAGGUAAGUACCUUGAUCAAGGACAGAUUUCAAACCUGCUGCCAGCACAUUUUACAAAAUGCAUGUGAAGAAAACAACUGAAUUGAAAUGGAAACUGUUUUGUAACUCUCUGUUCCUAACACAAGAAGCCCUGGUCUUCUUUUAUUACAGUACUGGAUAAUGUUGUUACAAAA